GCGCGCUUCUUCGGCUAAAUCCCGUUAAAUCCGCCGAACAGAGGGAUUUAGUAAAUCCGGGAUUUAAGCCGUAAAUCCCUAAAUCCAGGAGUUACGGAAUCCAGGGAUUUAAGGAGCGCACAAAAACCGUUUGGCUGGAUUUAGCGUAAAUCCGACUUAAAUCCGGGAAUAAGUCCGAUACCAAACAGCCCCUUAAGAUGUACAUUUUCCCGUUUGGCAGGAUGUACCGUAAAUCCUGCUUCAAAUCCCAUAACAAAUAGCUGUUGAGCUACAUAAUUUAAUAAAUUUGAAACCGAGGUAAAACGGGCUUUAGAAAAAAGUAACAUUGGGACAAUUUGGUAGAUUCUAUCGUAAAUCCUGUGUUAAUCCUACAUAAAGCCAGCUACCAAGCAGCUCCUUACGACUCUAGUUGAUCUCAAGCGCAACGAUCGGAAUAUUUGUCACUCACGCGAUAGAUAUCUGUGGUUUGAUUCGUGUCAAUUGUAGAACGAUGGUGGUCAUUGAACCAGCAGUUGAGCCUAAAGUUGAGGAGGAAACAUCUACAAGCCGCCAGAAGCCAAAGUCUUCGUUGACGGAGACGGCGGCAGUGGAACACCUAGCUCCGGAAGAGGGAUCAGCAAGCGAGGACGAACGAUUCGAGGACGCUUUAACGGAAGAGCAGCUAAACGAGAAAGCAUUGAAUCAAGCCAAUAAUGCUAAAGCAGAAGGAAAUAAGCUCUUUGGGUCUGGACGUUAUGAUGAAGCAUUAUCACAAUAUGAAUUUGCUUUGCAAAUAGCUUCAGAAAUUCCUUCAUCUAAAGAAGUUUGCUCCAUGUGCCAUGCAAACCGGGCAGUGUGCUUCUCAAAAUUGGGAAAGUACGAUGAUGCCAUAAAAGAAUCUAACAAAGCACUGGAGUUAAAUCCUUCUUAUGUUAAAGCUCUAAUAAGAAGGGGGGAGGCUCAUGAAAAGCUUGAACACUAUGAGGAGGCCAUCGCUGACAUGAAGAAGAUCAUUGAGUUGGAUCCUUCGUAUGAUCAAGCAACAAGGAACAUAAGGCGGCUGGAGCCAUUGGCAGCAGAAAAGCGAGAAAAGAUGAAGGAAGAGAUGAUUGGUAAAUUGAAGGAUAUGGGAAACAAUAUAUUGGGGAGAUUCGGAAUGAGCGUCGACAACUUCAAAGCAGUGAAAGAUCCCAACACAGGCUCAUAUUCCAUCUCAUUCCAGCGCUAGCUAUGCAAUUGCAGCAUUCCAUUGUGUUUGAAAAUUGGAAAAGCAUAACAAUGUGUAACACAUUGCUUGAAAGAAAGAGUAAAGUGCUCCUCUUCUCUGUUGCUGCUUUUGUUACUAUUAUCACUGGAACAAGUUUCACAUAAAGGUUUUCGCCAUUUGUUAAAAUACCUUUAUAACUGAAGUAAGCGCACCUUGCUGUAAAACCUUAAGACUUUUGUUAUGCUGGGACUUCAAUUUCACAAGAACUGUUGGAGGGUUGAUU